AUGAAGUUUGUCCCACUAUUUGUCGGUACUUCGCUAGACCCGGAUCUUAAUACUGAUCUACAUACCAUUUUCAUGGUGCCCCUUUUACUUUGGUACGUGCUUAGUACACUUUACGCGCUAAUCGUGCUGUUUGGUUUCCUUGGAAACUUGAUGGUGCUUCACGCAUUCCCUAAGCGGGGUGUUUUGGAACAUAAGAAGGUACAAUAUGUACUCACGGUCAGUUUAGCCGCAACUGACAUUCUGGUUUUGCUGGUGCAUGGUGUUCCGACAAUGGGGGUUUUCUUUGCUGAUAAAUGGCCCUUUGGGGGUGAACUUUGUCACGUGAUAGCACUGAUAAAGCACACAGUUUUCUACAUGAAGCUUUUCUCGGUGAUUCUGCUCUGCUUACACAAAGCAUUUACAAUGUGCUUUCCUUUCAGAGGUAUGGUAAUGACAAAAAGAAGCUCCAUCAAGACGGUAAUAGCUUUACUGCCUCUCUCACUUCUCCUCAACACAAUAGGAUUAAUGGGAAGUGACCAAACAGCCUUCUCUGGCCUGUCCUGCAAUGCUGAGAUCUACCUGAAGAAGGCACUGAAUUGGGAGGGAUACGCGCUUCUCUCAUUCCUUGGUGUGAUUAUUUCUAUUCUUCUUGCCUCACUGGUGAUAAUAAGCCAUAUAGCACGAGGUAUGAGGGCAAGGAGACAAGAACGUGAGGUGCACUUCCAACGUCCACAUAUAUCUCGGAGAAGACGCUUCAUUAACUUUCUGCGGAGGAACAAGACGGUGGCUAGCGUGGUGAUUGUUGCUGUGAUCUUCAUCAUCACUAUGAUUCCCCUGUCUUUGGAUCAUCUUUUGGAGAGGCUCAAUGUGCCAACAAAUCCGGGAAUGAUAAUUUUUGGAGAGAUCUUUGCAAUGGUCGGCGUGGCUUCAAGCCCCGUUAUUUACGCAGCAGUAAAUCUUCCUUUUCUCCAGUACUAUCAAGAAGGCUUGUGGUGUCUCUAA